AUGAGAGCUAGAGAGACCAAUACCGUAGUUAGGCUCAAGCACGCAGUGAAGAAGCUGCAGAGAGGUGUCAUUUCCCUAUCCAGACGGGAAGACAAGAUUGGAGAUGUGAAGGAGGGGCAUUUUGCAGUAUUCACAACAGGUGAUGCCGAGUCAAAGAAGUUCUUUAUUGCAUUGAGCUAUCUUGACAAUCCUGAAUUCAUUAAGCUGCUGGAAGAAGCAGAACGAGAGUUUGGAUUUUAUCAGAAGGGUGUUAUAGUAGUUGUACCUUGCCAAGCAAGCAGUUCAAGAGACCACAUGCAGCAGAGCUAUCUGAUUUAG